GCGGCGGCGGCGGCAGCAGCGGUUAGAGCUCGGCGACUCGGAUCGCUUCGGCCCGGUCCGGCCCGCACGGCGCUGGGCGCGGAAAACGGCCAUGCCGCCGCGGCGCAGCAUCGUGGAGGUGAAGGUGCUGGACGUGCAGAAGCGGCGCGUGCCCAACAAGCAUUAUGUCUACAUCAUCCGAGUCACGUGGUCCAGUGGUGCCACAGAGGCCAUCUACCGGCGCUACAGCAAGUUCUUUGACCUCCAGAUGCAGAUGUUGGACAAGUUCCCCAUGGAAGGAGGGCAGAAGGAUCCUAAGCAGAGGAUCAUUCCGUUUCUGCCAGGCAAAAUCCUCUUCCGCCGCAGCCACAUCCGGGACGUGGCUGUCAAACGCCUGAUACCAAUCGAUGAGUACUGUAAGGCCCUGAUCCAGCUGCCCCCCUACAUCUCUCAGUGUGAUGAAGUGCUACAGUUUUUUGAGACAAGACCUGAGGACCUGAACCCUCCCAAAGAGGAGCAUAUUGGGAAGAAGAAAUCGGGGAGUGACCUGACCUCAGUGGACCCCAUGGUUCUGGAGCAGUAUGUGGUGGUGGCAAACUAUCAGAAGCAGGAGAGCUCAGAGAUCAGCCUCAGUGUGGGCCAAGUUGUGGAUAUCAUAGAGAAGAAUGAGUCAGGAUGGUGGUUUGUCAGCACUGCCGAAGAACAGGGCUGGGUCCCUGCGACCUGCCUCGAGGGCCAGGACGGUGUGCAAGAUGAGUUUUCCCUCCAGCCUGAGGAAGAGGAGAAGUACACAGUCAUCUACCCGUACACAGCUCGUGACCAGGACGAAAUGAACCUAGAGCGAGGGGCUGUGGUGGAGGUCAUCCAGAAGAACCUGGAGGGCUGGUGGAAGAUAAGGUUCCAGGGAAAAGAGGGCUGGGCCCCUGCUUCCUACCUAAAGAAGAGCAGUGGGGAUCCCUUGCCCCCAAAGCUUGGCCCCAGCUCAUCUGCCCACUCGGGGGCCCUCGACCUGGACGGUGUUUCUCGGCAGCAGAACGCUCUGGGCAGGGAGAAGGAGCCGCUCAACAACCAGAGGGAUGGCCGGUUUGAAGGUCGCCUGCUGCCAGAUGGUGAUGUUAAGCAGAGAUCACCAAAGAUGAGGCAAAGACCCCCUCCUCGCCGGGACAUGACCAUUCCUCGAGGCCUCAACCUGCCGAAGCCUCCCAUCCCACCCCAGGUGGAAGAAGAGUAUUAUACCAUUGCAGAGUUCCAGACCACCAUCCCAGACGGCAUCAGCUUCCAGGCCGGCCUGAAGGUCGAGGUGAUUGAGAAGAGCUUAAGUGGUUGGUGGUACAUUCAGAUGGAAGAUAAGGAGGGAUGGGCCCCAGCAACCUUCAUUGACAAGUACAAGAAGACCAGCAGUGCCUCAAGGCCCAACUUCCUGGCUCCCCUGCCUCACGAGAUGACUCAGCUCCGGCUUGGGGACACAGCCGCAAUGGAGAACAACCAGGGUCCAGAAGCAGUGGGGCCCUCCAGACCCCUGCCUGAGGCCCCACAUGGUCCUAUGGACUCUGGGAUGCUGUGGUCCAAGGACUGGAAGGGGGGGAAGGAGGCCCCAAGAAAGGCAUCUUCGGAUCUGUCUGCAUCAGCAGGCUAUGAGGAGAUCUCAGACCCCACACAGGAGGAGAAACCCAGCCUCCCUCCACGCAAAGAAUCCAUCAUCAAAUCUGAAGAGGAACUGCUGGAGAGGGAGAGGCAGAAGUUGGAGCCACUCCGGAAUUCCUCCCCCAAGCCCCCUGGCAUGAUUUUGCCAAUGAUUCCAGCCAAGCAUGCUCCGCCAGCCCGGGACAAUAGGAAGCCAGAGCCCAAACCUGACAAAAGCAAGUUGUUCCCACUAAAAAAUGACAUGGGGCUCGAAUGUGGUCACAAGGUGCUGGCCAAGGAAGUGAAGAAGCCCAACCUCCGUCCUGUCUCCAGGUCCAAAGCUGAGCUGCCUGAGGAGAAGGCAGAAGCCAGUCCCCAGAAUCUGUUCUUGAAGUCUAGACCUCAGGUUAGGCCCAAACCAACUCCUUCCCCCAAGACAGAGCCAGUUCAGAGCGAAGAUCAAGUAGACAUACAUAACCUCAGGAGCAAGCUCAGACCUGCCAAGUCCCAGGAAAAAGCUGUAUUAGACGGGGAGAGCCACCAUGCUGCUGGGAGUCAUGACACAGCCCUCAACCGAAGCUUCCUUCCGGUAGAGGGACCUGGCCGUGGUCAGGACAGGUCUGGCCGGCAGGAUGGACUGAGUCCAAAGGAGUCACCCUGUAGAGCCCCUCCCAGGCCAGCCAAGACCACAGACCCUGCACCUAAGAAUUUGCCUGUGCCUGGCCAAGAAGCCACCCAGCAAAGACCUGUGGUCCCACCUCGGAGACCCCCACCCCCCAAGAAAACCUCCUCAUCACCGUUGUCGUGUAGGCCCCUCCCAGAGGUCAGAGGGCCACAGCGUGAAGCCAAUGAAAGCAGAGCCGUUCCUGUCCCAGGCCGGGCCCUCCUGGUCCCUCCGAAAGCCAAACCCUUCCUCUCUAACUCCUCAGUGGGCCAAGAUGACAUGCGAGGCAAAGGUGGGCUGGGGCCACGCAUAGCUGGCAAGGUGGGAGAAAGCCGAGAGAAAGCAGCCCCCUUCCUCAAUGCCGAUGGCCCAAAGGACUCACUCUAUGUGGCUGUGGCCAACUUUGAAGGAGAUGAAGACACCAGCAGCUUCCAGGAAGGGACAGUGUUUGAAGUUCGGGAGAAGAGCAGCAGCGGCUGGUGGUUCUGUCAGGUCCUCAGCGGGGCUCCUUCCUGGGAAGGCUGGAUUCCUUCCAACUACCUCCGGAAGAAACCUUAGCUUCCCCCACCCUGCCCAGAGAGACCCCGCUGUCCCUGCUGGCCUCUCCCACGUAUUUAAUACGCAUCUUAAUUUAUCAGUCUCCACACAGUUUCGAGGAAGGAGGCCAGUGGGGUGCUGUGGAGAAUGCUUGGUGCGAUGAUGUCCUGUCGCCGGGGUCUGAUUCUCCUGUUGUGGCGCCCCCAGAAGGCUAGAAAGCCAGGUAGAAACCACAUCAGCAUCUUUCUCUAUAGUGGUACCCACCCUCCUAGUUAAUGGUAUGUCACCCAGGAGCAGGACCAUGACACUCUCAGACCUCCAAGGCUGAGACCUGUCACCUGGAGAGCUUCCAGACUGCACCUCGGUGCUCAGAGGUGGCACAGAGGGACAGCCCACAUAGUCUGUGACAACUCACUUCUCCAUGUUUCUAGAAGCCCAGUAGUGGCUUUGUUCACUGUUCCCAGAAUGCCUGGUACCCGGAAGAACUGCAUCCUGAAGGAAUCAGCUUCCAGGCUUUCUGUUUCUAAGUCCUGACCAGAUGCAGCUGCCCUGGAGUGGUCCUGGAGAUUAACUCGGUCAUCGCGCCUCCAGUCUGCCUUGGACCGUGAGCAGUCCUAAUGGGGCAUGCUCCACCGCUGCAGCCUCUGGUCCGUCUAGGACUCUUAAAUUACAGUUCCUGCCCACCUCCCCCAGUCCCUAAAACAAGAGUCCCCAAGUUUGUUUAAAUAAGGGGCACAGCCUAUGAGAGCUUCUUUGCCCAGUAGGUGCCAAACUGUCCUUGGCUUUUUGCUUUCACGUCCAAACCUUCAACCAGCCCCCACUAUUCCAUCACACCCAUUUUCUAGAAGAGGAAACCCGGGCUCUACAGGCCCCAGGACAUACAGCUAGGAAUAGGAGGGAGGAGGAAGUUUGAGUUCAGGCCUGCCUGGACUCUUCUCCCAGCAAGAACAAGCCAGUGAGGGAAGAAAUAGGGGUUAACUGGGAACCUCCUUAUGGUAUAAGCCAGGGGACAGCAAUGACUGCCCUAGACUUGUAGCUGCUACUCCAGGCCAGGGCAUGCCCUGGAUCCUUAGUAGCCGCCACAGAACUUGUAGGCUGGCACCCCAUGCGUGGAAGGGGAAUGCAGAAAGCUGAGACAGUGUCCCUCGGUGGUUUGAAGGGGGCUCUGGUGACUAAGGACCAGCAGCUGGGGCGGUGGAAAACUGAGCAACGCAGCAGUAGCCACAACUCUUGCCAGGGCAGGUGUGGCUUCUUCCUGUAGAGCAGUCGCCCUGGGCUGGCAUGGCUUCCCAGUGAGCAGUUUGCUUUUUUAAUAUUCUUUCCUGGGGAGAAGCCCAGGGUAGACCAUCCCUAUUUUGACUAACAGACUUAACUGAGACCUCAAGAGGUCUGCUUAGCUGCUACAGGGCUAAAAACAACUCAGAUUUCUAACUCCCUGCCCAGAACAACUUGUACCUAUGAACAGGCUUCCUUUAAAAGAGGGGCGAGGUGGAGAGAGCAGAACCCCACCCCCUCCCAAAGACCCUGCAGAAGAGGCCGCCCUGUCCUGCUCUACAUCUCCCCCAGAAAUUUCUCUCACACACACGCACCUUUUUUUUUUUUAACCCGUGCUUUAGGAACCACAAAACCCCUUUUCCUGAGGUGUGCAUCUUACCUGCAGUGCCAAAGAUUUCGUGCAAGCAGAUCUCUUCUGCACCCUCCCCAGGCCCCGCUCUGUGCCCUUCUGGCUCUGGCUGCUGUCCUUUGACCCGUGGUGCCACCACGACGCUCUUCCUCUGCUUAGCCCCACCCCCAGAAUACUGGCCAGGGCGCGAGGCACCUCCUGAAGGAUAUUCCUGCUUAGUCUGUGCCCAGGGUGUCAGGAGAAAGCCCCAGAUAGGAAGAGGGGAGGCUCUGAGAGUCUUAGCACUUCUUCAAGGCUACACACCCCCCCCCCACUGUGCAGGAAGUCUCCCAGCUUUUGUUUUGUUUUGUUUUGUUUUUUUGAGGACACCUUCACUUGAAUAGCUUUCAUGAAGCUGUUUUACAGGUCUUUGAAGAAGCAAAGGGUUCUUUAUUUUUAUUGUUUUGUUUUUUAUGUGUUGUUUUAUUUUUUGUUUGCAUUUGGCUCUCCGUAACUUUUUUUUUUUCCGUAACUUUUCAAGUAGUCUACCAGUCCCUCCUUUGCAGCAGGUACUAGAUUCUGCCUUUUGUCCUCGCCUUGUGCUGAUGUGAACUGCAGGUGUGCAAGGUGCAUUCUCUGGUCACUGUCCUUUUCGUGGGUUGCACGCACAGCCUGAAGAUUCCUGGGACAAACUCCAUCAGCCACAGUGGUCGUCAUUGCUCUGGUCAACCAGAAGUGAACAGGUCUGCAAAGCCAGUGAUGCACCCAGCUUCCCUUGCCUGGGACUUAGCUUUCCAGCAUCUAGGACUGUGGUCACCCCUCUGGGAUGGAGCCUAUGCCAGACCUCCCUCCAUCCCUGCCUUGGAAAACUUCCAAGACCAUGGUAGCAAUGGGCCAAUCACAGACCAGAUCACCAACACAAACCUGCCACCGUCCGUCCCCCCCCCCCCCUUAACUAAUCUGCACAUCAGCCCUGUGAUCAAGGAUCAGCACCGAUACUUAAUGAGAAAGUUAAGGUGUGGAGGGUGUUGGCACAUCCAGCUUUGUCCAGAUCCUGGCCACCAGCAGAGAAAUGUGUAUAGUCUUUUAAGGCAAUCAGGUGAGCCAGUUUCUGAAUUUAGGUGUUACCCUGGUAACCUUCUGGCCAAACAUUGGUCACCUGCCGGAUGGCCCCUGCUCUCUGGCUCCAUGACUUCAUUGUUUCUGCCCGAGAGCAAGUGUAGUGAAGACCUCUGGAGACCUGGACUUGAAAACAGUUGCUUGCUGAAAUGAGACUUUGCUGAUAUUUUCUGGCCAGAGUUACUCUUGGCCACUUGUGUUUAUAGCAUGGCCCCAGUCCCAGGCAAGGGGAGGGAGGUCUGAGCUCCAGCUACUUUAUAUCCUGCCAGGAAAUGGCUAGAGCCAUGCCAGGCGUUCACGGUCAUUUUCAGCCUCUGCCACCGGGCUGCUCCACAGAGUAGAUUUCUACGGCUUGACCUUAAACUGUUUCUGAACCCACUGGGGACUUGGGUGGUGGGUGGAAAGUGGAGGGCACGUGUGCCUCGGUAAAGAACAGGUGCCAAAUCUCCCCAAGAUUUAAGGAUGGUCCAGUGUUUAUUACCAAAACCUUGCUCUGAGAGAGAGGAAGAAACUGCCCCUACCCUCUCAAAGCUGCCCACUGGAGGUGCGGUGCAGCAGGAAAGCGCUGGCCCGCAUUCACGGGGGCCCCCACACCAUCCUAGCAUCACAGAUAAGAACAUUAAUCAGUGCCUCUGCUCCUGUCCUUCCAUUAAGCUCUUCAGUGUUGACAUAGUCUGCACCUUGGGAAGCCUUGCCAUUUCUUUGAAUAGCAUGGCAAUCUCAACCCCUUCCCUGGCUGUCUGAACUGGCCUUCAGGGUUUUUCUGUGUACUGCAGACAGCCACAUCCUACCGCAGACCAAAGAUUCAGAGGGGCGUGGACUGAAACGGUAGGAAGUGAAUUUACAUCAAGGCGUGAGGCCUUGCCUUUGCUUGGAAGAAUAGCUCCUAACUUGCUAGGGUUCUAGCAGCUGGACUGACCUGACCCCAAGCAGAACUACAGAGUUAAGACAAUGGUUCACACUCGUCGCCUGCUCAUGGGCCACCUUCUGACCUCCUGCUCUGGGCAGGGAUACCUGGUCUCCGGUGCUAUCUAGUUGAGGUACCAAGCCCCUCACAUGUGAGUGUUCCAUCUUCCUUCCUGUCUCCAUCUUCUUCUCCACAAUAAGCCAGUCGGAAAGAGGGCUUAGCUUUCAUCCUUCUACAGACCAGACCUGGUACCAUCGCCAGUGGCCUUCACUCUCACUUCUCUGCUUUACAGAGCAAAGGUGCCCCACCAGGCUUACUACAGCAAUAAGCAACUCUAAUGCAACGGAGGUGUCUGUAUUAUGCCCGUAAUGCCUUCGUGCCCUGUAAUUAUUAGUAGCGUCUCUCUUACUGGGGGAGUGUGAUAAACCGUGGUCACCUUAGCCAUACACAGUUCCUGUUUCAGGGCCACUGAGGAGCUAGGCCGCUUCUGGCAUCCCCCCAGGAACAGUGGGCUCUGGGCAGUGUGACCUAUUGUAUGUGUCCACCCAUAGAUGGUGCUGGGGACCCCUGGGUUCUCAGCUCCUCUCACACCCCCUAGGCCGACUGACAGAUCCUAGUGUUGGCUUUUGUUUCCUAUGAGUGUUUGACGUGAGGGGGCAGUGGGUGAACACCUAGCUGUAGCAUGUAGAGACUAUAUACCAUUAGACUUUUUUUUUAAUAAUAAUAAAAAAUGCUUGACUGGUUUCAAGCUUCAUUGUAAA